AUGUCGGACAUUCAAAGACCAAUCGAAAUGAACGAUUUUGUUGCUGCCAUUAAAGAUAUAGGCGAUGAUCAGUUAUAUCAAGUGAUGAAGCGGUUAACAAAUUCAAUUAGAAAGCUCGGGCAAUCAAACCUACUAAUGACAGAUCUCAUGAACAGGGAUAUUGAAAAAGCUAAUCAAGACGAUAACGAUACAGAUGGGAGUUAUGAAAUACCUACGGAUGAUGAUGCUAAGUUAUAUAGAGAGAGCAUUCAAGGUAACGAAAGAGUGAUUGAUAACCAGCAGCUACGCAUAGUUGCCAUCGAUCUGGAAUUAGAGCGCAGGGGCUCCAAGAAUGUCAGGGGAAUCAAGAAUUUGGCUGUUAAGCAGUUGGAAAAGCCUUCUAUUAGUACGGAUAAUGAUGUGGUGGACAUUACUGCACCUAACAGUGUUAUUUUGUGA